UCUGACCAAUCAGGAGAGGUGAGGGGCGUUUCCGGCCUCAUUCUGGUCUGCUGCGUGAACCACAACAAACGCCGAGCAUUUGCAGCGGAUGGGAGACACGUUCGGAUAAAACCCAUCAAAGCAGCAGCAGCAGCCAUGGGCAAGCCACAGUCAUACUUGGCCAAAAACAAAGACGAGAGUCAAGACGCGCUGACGGCUGCUGGCGAGUUCAGAGACGGUCAAACGGAGGACGAUGGGAAGCAUGGAGACGUGUCUCAGUUCCCGUACGUGGAGUUCACUGGACGGGACAGCGUCACGUGCCCGACAUGCCAGGGUACUGGCAGAAUCCCACGAGGUCAGGAGAAUCAACUUGUGGCUCUGAUUCCAUACAGUGACCAAAGGCUGCGGCCAAGCAGGACGAAGCUUUACGUCACCAUAUCUGUGGCUCUCUGCCUCCUGCUGUCUGGCCUCGCCGUUUUCUUCCUCUUCCCGCGCUCCAUCGAUGUCACGUACGUUGGAGUCAAGUCUGCCUACGUUUCCUAUAAUCAGGAGCAGCGAAUUGUCUAUCUCACCAUUACAAACACUCUGAACAUCACUAAUAACAACUACUACGCCAUAUCUGUGACCAACAUAACGGCACAGGUGCAGUUCUCCAAGACGGUGAUUGGGAAAACCAAAUUCAACAACACGACGGUGAUCAUGCCUCUGGAUGAACGGCAGCUUGAUUACACCGUUCCCACAACCAUCGCUGAUGAGAUGAGCUACAUGUUUGAUUACUGCACCUUACCAACUAUUAAAGUCCACAACAUAGUGGUCAUGAUGCAGGUCACGGUAACGACGUCGUACUUCGGUCACGCGGAGCAGGUCUCUCAGGAAAUGUACCAGUACGUGGACUGUGGCGGGAACACGACCUCCAUGCACGGCCAUGUUCAGGUCUACCAGUAGGAAGGAAAAAGUCUCCAUCAGCAAAACUCCACGUGUAAACUCAUUUCUCAGUGAAGAUAGUUUCUCCUAAAAUACUCAUCUGGCCUAAAACGCUGACCUCCUCCACUGUAUUUUGUGCUUUGAAAUUGAAUCCCUUUUAGACUGCAGUGUUCCUCACUGCAAAAACACAAAACAUGACCAAGUAUUGCUGCUCUAGUUUCCAGUUCAAAUAUCUUGGUAGACAAAAUUAGCUUACAAGUAACUUUUCAGAAAGAUAUAGGAGCUUUUUUUUAAAGUCAAUAAUUCCUUUUUACUCUGCCGUUACCUAGCAACCCGAGCCUAGCUCAGCCCGUUGCCUAGCAACCCAGUGUUAGUUCCACUGGCAGGUUAUUUCACUUUAAAGUAAAAUAAUCUAGUACUUUUUCAUCAAUAUUAAGGGCUUAUUUACUUAAAGUAAGCUCCCAUAUCUUCCUGAAAAGUUACCUGUAAGUUAGUUUUGUCUUAUUUUAAGUGAGCUAAGAUAUUUGCACUAGAAUUUAGACCAAAAGUACGGGGUAAUAUUUUGUUUUUGCAGUGUUCCUCCAUGUUAAAUCUGUUGGAAAGCAAUAGAUUUGAUGCACUUUAGAGCGUUUUAGUGGAAGUUGGAUUGUUACAAACCUCUUUCCUCUGUCGGUAAGCUGAGACAGAAAACCACUGAACUACAUUUCUACCCAUACAUAACCUUUAUUUUUAUUAUUUUAUUUCAUUUAUGGUACUUUGAUGUAAAUUAGUGCAAUAUUAACAGCUUUCUCAUGUCACUUUUUCUUUUCUUUCUAUUAUCAUCAACCACAAUUAAAGGCAAAUGUGAAAAGUUUUAAAGUAAACUGAUUUUAUUUAGUGAUUAAAAGGAAGAAAAAUUGUGUGUAAAAGGGAAAAUGUUGUUGUUUUGAUCCAAAUCAGCACAGUACAAAAGGCUAAAAAUAGAGGAAUGUGCAAAUGUACUCUGUUUCUGGGUUGUUUUAAUAAAAAUGUAACUUCAAUCAACUUUAUUCCAACUGAACGGGAGCUUUGUACAGUUUGCUUUUCCUUUUUUAUCCACUCUGCACUGUGUAACUUUUAAUACUCAAUCAUGAGUUCACCUCCUGUUUGUUGCUUCCCUUUUUAUUUUAUUUUAAUCCAUUUAAUGUGUUCUGAGACUAUUAGUUUUUCCCAACUAAACUAAGUUUUUCCGUCUAACUUGAUUAGUAAUAAUCCGGGUUGAUUAAUGUUGAAACCUUAAUGUGACUUUUCCUACCAUUUUUACACUCUAAGCGCCGUCGUUAUUAUCAUAACAGUAUAGAUGUGCAUAGUUUUUAACAUCAGCAGUUUGUUUUUUGUGGCUUUUGAUGCAUGAAGUGGAAAAUAAAAUUAUAAGUCGAUUCUGUAA